AUGAGCGUAAAAGAAAAUUCUUUCCCAGCAAACCUUCGAAAUAAGGACCUUUUUUCGACACUAGAAAAUGAGUAUUCUUCCAAUUUCAAAGAUGCAAACCAUCUUGAAGACUUGGAAAAGCUAUAAAUUCUCUAAGAAAACUAGAUUGUUCAUGAGAGUAUUGAUGACAUGGACCAUUUCAACAAUGAUAUGAUAUCUCCUAGAUAAAUUCAUUUUAAUCACUCAACAAACUUACCCAAGCAAAAUGAGCAUAAUUAAAUAAUUCAGUAUGGAUUUUAGGAUUUCGGACAGCUAGACAGUUUCAUAAACCAAGCGAACUUUACCAAUAAGGAUGAGGUUUUCUAAGAUUUCAAUAAUUUUGAUAGCAUUUAAACGAAUAUUAACUCUAACUAAUUCUCUGGCUUGCAAUACCUUAAUGAUAACAAUUAUCAAAACAACCAAUCUUAUUCAAAUGCUAAUAAUUUGGCGCCACAAAAUUACUAGAACAAUUUGAUUUAUCAUUACUAAAUCAACUCAUCUGAAAAUAAUGAUAUAAGAACAAUUGGCAGUCCAUAGUAAGAGUGCCAAGAGGAAGGCAAUAAUGACUCAACAGAAUUUUCAUCCUAAAAGUAUGAGUGCAACUCUGUGACUGGAGCAGAGACAAGACAAGGAGACGAAAAUGCCUCUAUAAUAAACGGAAAUUCUGCAGGAGAUUCGUAAUAAGAUUGCAGCAGUGACGAGGUUUAAUCAACUAGAUCUUUGUCAGACGAUAACAGGCUAGAGAUGCAAUUCCAAAAGAGUAAACGCAAAACUAACUCAAAAUAAAAUUUAUACACCCUAGAUGACUUGGAAAAAGAGAUUGAACACGUUGUGAAUCAGGAUGAAAAAGUAAUGGAUAUGCAGGUUGAAUUACAAUAGCUUAAAAAGCUGAAUCUAAACAAGAAAGACCUUCAAAUUUAGAGAAAUAGAAUUACAGCUUAACUUAGUAGAGAUAGGAAAAAGUUAGAGAAUGAUUACUUGAAAGAUGAACUAGUGCAUAUGAAGAAUAUCGUUCAAAAACUUCAACUUUAAAUCAAGGAAAAUAGUAAUUUUUGCAGAAACUGUAGUGACUAAUUGAUUGACCAUUUCGACUUCCCAAUUAAAUUGAAAAAAUCAAAUUAAUCAAUCUCUAACAGCAUUAAUUCAACUCCAAUCUCAACAAAUAUUGGCAAAAGAAAGCGUGAAGGAAAAUCCGAAGAAAAGCAAACAAAGGGUUUUACUGGAUUAAAUAAAAGAGCUGCUCUUUCACUCGGAUUUAUAGCUCUUGUAGCAACAAUCUGCGUACUAAACAUCCAAGAUAAUACAAUCAUGAUGAGUAAUAUUUAACUACAGGAAAUAUCGAUUGAUCAACACAUUGAUUAACACGUGCAGGAUAAUCCACUAAUACCCAUAGAUGAAAAAUAUCCAAUUAUUGAUUAUGAUCAAGAUCUGUUGCAGAUUGAUGACUUAAAUGAUUAAUAAUUGAGAAAAUAACUCUCUGAUCUUUAUUCAAUUGAGUACUUUAGAGAUAAUUAUAUCAAUAGACAUGCAACUAAACUCUAUAAUUAGGACAAACAACUAAGAAGAACUAUGACGAAAGAGUAAAUUUUAUCAAACAUCUCUGAGGCCUUACUUUUCAAGCCAAUCAAAAUCAAUUCAAAAUCAAAAGCCAUACCAAGUUAUUAUAGUCAACUUAAUUCAGCAGAUUCAACUUAAAUAAUAUUGAGCAAAGACCUUGAAUAGAUAGAGGAAAGUGAAAGGAUCCACUAUGACUUCCCUAACUGGUUAGAGAAAGCGACAGUAGAGCCCAAAGAUAAGAAGAUUUCAGAGAAAUUUUUAAACUUUAACAAUAAUGUAUAGAUUUACUCAGUCAAAGACCUUGCAUAAAGUUAUCUAAAUGAGCAAACGACUUCUGUAUAUUGCCCAACUUCAACAGCCAUACUAGCAAAUUCUGAUGAAAAUAGUUGGAGAUAGCCUAUCCUUAAAAUGAAUCAAGGAAAGGGAGAUGGAUUUAGAAGGAACCCAUUAGUAAAUGGAGAUAGACUUCAACUAGUUUUGACAAGCGAUUAGAUUGAUAUAAUCAAUCCAUAAGGUGAAAGUAUUUUAGAGCCUUCAAGCAUUAACUCAAAGCCUAUGUUUAUUGAGUUGACUUGCAAAAUUCAAGAAGUUAAUUACAUUUUUGACAGCUACUCAAAGCAGGCAUCAUAGUGA